ACAGAAAGUGAGGUUAAGAUACAAUUUAUCUGAUUUGUCAUAAGCACGACACCAGUUGACAUUUUUCCUUAAUUCUACGUUUCAAAAGACUAAAAAUGUAUCUUAUGUACUAUUUGGAUGUAAAUGGAGAUCGUGUAUAUACACUGAAGAAAGUAGAUCCCGUUGGACGACCAACACUCUCAGCUCAUCCAGCUCGAUUUUCCCCGGAAGAUAAAUACUCGAGGGAACGCAUCACUUUAAAGAGGCGAUUUGGAUUGCUUCUAACCCAGAAACCAUUGCCAUCUUAUUAAACUUUUUAUUCGCGAUUAUACUUUAUGACUCGCAUUAGUUUGUACAAAUCUACAUUUAAGAUGAAAUAGACAUUAUUUUAAAUUACAAA